GGUUCAAGCGAUUCUCCUGCCUUGGCCUUCUGAGUAGCUGGGAUUACAGGCAUGUGCCACUAUGCCUGGCUAAUUUCUGUAUUUUUAGUUACGACAAGGUUUUACCAUGUUGGCAAGGCUGGUCUUGUACUACUGAUAUCAUGAUCCGUGUGCCUUGGCCCCUCAAAGUGCUAGGAUUACAGGUGUGAGCCACUGCGCCCAGUCUACACCUGGCUAAUUUUAAAAUUAUUUGUAGAGAUGGGAUCUCCCUGUGUUGCCCGGGCUGUCUCGACCUCAUGGGCUCCAGUGAUCCUUCUACCUUGGCCUACCAAAAUGCUGGCAUUACACGUGUGAGGCACUGUGCCCAGUCUGUACUUUGUGUUUUUCACUUCGUGCUUUAUCUUUUAUAUGAGAACACAUCUGUCUCAUUCUUUUUCUUUUUUUUGGGACAGAGUCUCACCCUUUUGCCUAGGCUGGAGUACAGUGGCGCAAUCUCGGCUCACUGCAAAGUCUGCCUCUCAGGUUCAAGAAAUUCUCCUGCCUCAGCCUCCCAGGUAGCUGUGACUACAGGUGCCUGCCACCACACCUGGCUAAUUUAAAAAAUUUUUUUUUAUUUUUAGUACAGAUGAGGUUUCACUAUAUUGGCCAGGCUGGUCUUGAACUCUUGACCUUGUGAUCUGCUCACCUCACCCUCCCAAAGUGCUGGGAUUAUAGGUGUGAGCCACUGCGUCUGACUUGUCUCAUUCUUUCUGAUGGCCUUAUAGUCUUCCAUUAUGAGGCUCCCAGUGACGGACAGUUAGGUUGUUCUUGGCUCUUAGAAACAGAUGUGAUGCCGCAGUGAACUACAUGUGAUUUGAAGCACCUGAGCAAGUGUAUCUCUUUCUUAAGAGUUACAAAGCUUUCUUCCUCCUGCUUCUCUUGGCUUCCAAGCAUGGCUCCUUUUUUUUUUUGAGAGUCUUGCUCUGUUGCCCCGGCUGGAGUGCAGUAGUGUGAUCUCAGCUGACUGAAACCUCUGGUUCCUGGGUUCAAGUGAUUUGUCUGCCUCAGGCUCCCAAGUAGCUGGGAUUAUGGGCAUGUGCUGCCAUGCCUGGCUAAUUUUUUGUAUUUUUGGUAGAGAUUGGAUUUCAUCAUGUUGGCCAGGCUGGUCUCGAACUCCUGACCUCAGGUGAUCUGCCUGCCUGGUCCUGCAAAGUGCUGGGAUUACAGGCUUGAGCCAAUGCGCCUGGCCCCAGGCAUGGCUGCCUUCUCUUCCUCACCAGUCCUUAAAUAUCUACCAUCUAGCUUGCACCAGGGAUACACUCAAAGGCCACCAAUGACCUGCUUCCUUGGUGCACUGCCUCUGAUCCUCCUGUAGAAUUUCACUCCACUUCCUAUCCCAGACUAAAACUUUUCCUUGCUUAACUCUUAUGGGAGAUAAUUUUUUUUUGAGAUAGGGUCUCACUGUGUCAUCCAGGCUGCAGUGCAGUGGCGCAGUCUUGGCUCACUGCAAUGUCUGCUUCCGGGGUUCAAGCGGUACUCUUCCCUCAGCCUCCCAAGUAGUUGGUAUUACAGGCAUGUGCUACCACACUUGGCUAAUUUUUGUAUUUUUAGUAGAGAUGGGGUUUCAUCAUGUUGGUCAGGUUGGUCUCAAACUCCUGACCUCCAGUGAUCUGCCCGCCUCAGCCUCCCAGAGUAGGGGGAUUAUAAGUAUAAGCCACUGUGCCCAGCCUGGGAGAUAAUUUUUGUUCUCUCCCUAUUUCUCUAAUCAUGUUUUCCCCUUCUCCUUUGCCUGUCUUCCAAAGGACAGCAUCUGGCAGAGAUCGAGGGAGUGGAGCCCCAGGCCGGCUGCUUCAGCUUCUCCCUGUCCUACCCAGGGAGACUCCACUUAUCUUACUGCCUGGACCCCAGAGGAAUUUGAGGUUUUGAACAAUAUCUAAAUUCAAAACCUUUCCUAGGCUCAAGUCCUGCAUUAAAAAAAAAUGUGUUUAUGGCCGGGCGCAGUGGCUGAAGCCUGUAAUCCCAGCACUUUGGGAGGCCAAGGCGAGCAAAUCACCGGUCAUGAGUUUGUGACCAGCCUGGCCGACAUGGUGAAACCCCAUCUCUACUAAAAAUACAAAAAAAUUAGCCAGGUGUGGUGGCAGGUGCCUGUAAUCCCAUCUACCCAGGAGGCUGAGGCAGGAAAAUCGCUUGAACCCAGGAGGCAGAGGUUGCAGUGAGCCGAGAUCACGACAUUGCACUCCAGCCUGGGCAACAGAGCAAGACUCCGCCUCAAAAACAAAACAAAACAAAAAAAACAGAGAGAGAGACUGAUAAUAAUUACUGCCUCUGGCAAGAGAUAGGAAAUCUAGAGUAGGAAAAAGACUUACUUUUCAUUGAAAAAUCUUUGUCUAAUCCAUGUUGAGUUGACAAAAAAAAAUGUUUGGUACUGUUUGAAUACUUAUUUUUUUAAUAAUAUGAAUUUUAAAAAUAAGAAUUAUUGGCCAGGCAAGGUGAUUCAUGCCUGUCCCAGCACUUUGAGAGGCUCACUUUGGGAGGCCCAUGUCUGUCCCAGCACUUUGAGAGGCUCACUUUGGGAGGCCGAGGCAGGUGGAUCACCUGAUGUCAGGAGUUCAAGACCAGAGUGACCCAACAUGGUGAAAUCCUGUCUCAUCUAAAAAUAUAAAAAUCAGCUGGGAGUGGUGGUGUGUACCUACCUGUAAUCCCAGCUACUCAGGAGGCUGAGGCAGGAGAAUCGCUUGAAUCUGGGAGGCAGAGUUUGCAGUGAGCCAAGAUUGCACCACUACAGUUUAGCCUGGAGAAAGAGUGAGACUCCAUCUGAAAAAAAAAAAAAAAAAAAAAAAAAAGCAAAUUCAAGUGAUCCGUUUAUGUAAACAGGAAAAGGCAUUUUAUAAAUCUGUCUAUCUAGAAUUCCUUCUGGAUUAGGGUAUACAUCAAAGAUCGGUCAAACAGAAGAAUACUUCCAUUAUCAGGCCGGUUUGCAACUUCUGGAACACACCAGAUGUUGGCAGUGAUUAUUUCUGGAUGCUUGGAGUGUGGAUUUUUUUUUUAAGACGGAGUUUUGCUCUGUCACCAGGCUGAAGUACAAUGGCGUGAUCUUGGCUCACUGCAACCUCUGCCAGUUUCAAGCAGUUCUCCUGUCUCAGGCCCCUGAGUAACUGGGAUUACAGGCGCUCCCAACUAUGCCCUGCUAAUUUUUGUAUUUUUAGUAGAGACGGGGUUUCACCAUGUUGGUCAGGCUGGACUCAAACUACUGACCUCAUGAUGCGCUUGCCUCGGCCUCCCAAAAUGCUGGGAUUAUAGGCAUGAGCUACUUACUGCGCUUGGCCAUGGACUGUGGAUUUUUUAAAAAAUGUUUUCUUAUCUGUUCAUGUGGGUUUUCUAAAUUUUCAACAACGGAACGUAGAUUAUUGUAUUGUUGUUAUAAUGCCCCAAACCUAUCUUCCCUUCAACCCUUUUUCCACAAGCUCUUACCCCAAAUGCCCCUCUUUCUGUCAGUGGCAUUGUGAGUCUUCCUUCGUGUAUCACCUCUGAUUUUCCUGCAUAAUUUUUUUUUUUUUUUUUUUUUGGGAGAGAGACUUGCUGUCACUCAGGUGGGAUCUCAGCUCACUGCAACCUCCGCCUCCCAGGUUCAAGCAAUUCUCCCUGCCUCAGCCUCCCAAGUAGCUGGGAUUACAGGCGUCCGCCACCACGCCCAGCUAAUUUUUGUAUUUUUAGUAGAGACAGUGUUACACCAUGUUGACCAGGCUGGUCUCAAACUCCUGACCUCAAGUGAUCCACCCACCUUGGCCUCCCAAUGUGCUGGGAUUACAGGUGUGAACCACACUGGACUAAUUUUUAAAAUGUUUCUGUGGAGAUAGGGUUUUGCCACGUUGCGCAGGGUGGUCUUGAACUCCUGGGCUCAAGCAAUUCUCUUACCUUGGCCUCCAAAGUGCUGGGAUUACAGGUGUGAGCCCCUGUGCCUGGCCUCGAUGUUAAGAUCUGAAGAGGCACAACACAGACCUUGUCUUGUCUAUCUCCCUGGCCCCCCUCACACAGUACAGCUCAUUAACAGAUGUUCCAGAAACUGUUACCAAACUUUUGGCUUGAUGCUGUGGGCUUGUCUGCAUCUUGCAACUGUCACCUGGCUGAGAAAUUUCUUCUAUAAAUAAGCAGUUUCUGUUUCAGAUAUGACUUGCCCUGAUAUUUACACCCUAUCUCCUACCCCAUCCAAGACUCAAACUUAGAAACUUGAGUUAGAUGUGGUAUUCAAAUCCUUGGCCAUCGCAAAGAAACAGACGGCCCCUGUAAGAACCCACGAGGCAGGCGAAGUUCAUUGUUCUCCUAGACUUUCUAGCUGCUAUUGCUGCAUUUGCUCUGGAAUUCUUGUCGAGACAUUACUUGUCCUUCUAGAGUGUUCUUUCUGUAGCUCCCUUGUUUUCUUUUUGUGAUCAUGUUGCAGAUGGCUCAGCAGUGCUCCCAAAAUGAAUAUUUUGACAGUUUGUUGCAUGCUUGCAAACCUUGUCAACUUCGAUGUUCUAAUACUCCUCCUCUAACGUGUCAGCGUUAUUGUAAUGCAAGUGGGACCAAUUCAGUGAAAGGAACAAAUGUGAUUCUCUGGACCUGUUUGGGACUCAGCUUGAUAAUUUCUUUGGCAGUUUUUGUGUUAAUGUUUUUGCUGAAGAAGAUGAGCUCGGAACCAUUAAAGGACGAAUUUAAAAACACAGGGUCAGGUCUCCUGGGCGUGGCUAAUGUCAACCUGGAAAAGAGCGGGACUGGUGAUGAAAUUAUUCUUCCGAGAGGCCUGCAGUACACGGUGGAAGAAUGUACCUGUGAAGACUGUGUUAAGAACAAACCAAAGGUUGAUUCUGACCAUUGCUUUCCACUCCCAGCCAUGGAGGAAGGCGCAACCAUUCUCGUCACCACGAAAACGAAUGACUAUUACAACAGCCUGCCAGCUGCGUCGAGUGUUACAGAGAUAGAGAAAUCAAUUUCUGCUAGGUAAUUAACCAUUUCGACUCAUGCAGUGCCACUUAAAAAAUCUUUUGUCGGAAUAGAUGAUGUGUCAGAUCUCUUUAGAAUAACUAUAUUUUUCAGCUGCUGAUACAGCUUUUGUCCUCUAAUCCUGGAAACUCUUUAUAUUAGCUAUAUUUCUCUUGGUUACUGUUGGGAACUUAACUGUAGAAACUUCCUUGGUUUCAUGAUUAAACUCUUUUUUUCUGA